AUGGCCCUCCUCGCCAAACUCACCCUCCUCACCAUCCUCGCCCGCCUCUUCAUCGUCCGCCGAUCCCAAACCCUAACCGUAUACCUCACCAUAACCCUCACAACAAUCUACUACAUCACGAUCUUCUUCAUCAAGAUCUUCAUCUGCAACCCGGUUUCCACAUUCUGGACAUCGCCCAAUAACCCACAUAACCCUAAUUGUCUCUCAGAGGGGGCGGUGUUUCUCGCUGAUGCGAUCAUGAGUGUCAUUACGGAUUUGGCUAUCCUGCUACUCCCCAUCGGGUUGAUGUUCCCGCUACGACUGGGCGUGGUGAAGAAGGUGAAGGUGGGGGCUAUGUUGGGAUGUGGUGGGUUGGCUGUGGGGUUUAGUAUUUAUAGGGUUGUGCUGGUGGUGGGCGUUGGGGCUGCGGGGUUGGGGGAUAGUCAGGUUUAUGCGAGGAUACUUUUGUCUGGGAACGCGGAAGGAGGUUUCGGGCUCAUCUGCAGCUGUAUCCCUGCGCUGCAUAUCCUCGUGUCGAGGGUGAAGGCGAAGAUGAGGAAGGGGUCGAGGAGUACGACCACAGGGAAAGGGUCUUCUGCUAUUGCGUCUGGGGAUGGGAGCGGAAGUAGAAGUGGUGGGAAGAAGAGGGAUAGGGGUGUUUCGAGUAGUGGGGGCACUGCGGCGCCGAUUGUAAUUACCAGUUCGCCGGAGGAUGUGCUUCAUGAUCCUGGGGGGUUGCUUGCUUCGUGUGAUGAUGAUGAUGGUGAUGAUGUGUAUGAUCAGAAUGAAGAAGGGGAGGGACGGGGUGAGAAGAAUGACAGCAGGGAUGAUAGGGAGGAAGGAUAG